UCUAACCUAUCGUGAAAAGGUUCACUGAAGCAAAAUGGCGGGCAAGGAGGAGGCUGGGAAGCGAGAAACCGCUGCCAAGGAAGGAUUGCCCAGGGAAUCCGUAACCACUACCUUGUCGGGGAUGCAAAACCAGAGAGUUUUGUGGGGCGAUCCAGAGAUUGCUGGCUACCUGGAGAAGCGCGGAGGGCGAUUUACAUCGUGGAAACGCCGCUACUUCGUCUUACAGGGAUAUUUUCUCUUCUACUUUAUAAGCGAGCAACAGACAGAAACUCCUCUGGGACUUAUUCCAAUCGAGGGCUGCACGAUCAAAGAGUCCGCGGAUGUUGGAGGCAAGCUGCGAAGAUAUGUUUUUUAUCUCAACAUCGGCACACAACACGUUGGAUUUUCCAAGACCGAGACUUACAUUCUAGCAGCCUCGUCCCGUGAUAAUCUGGAAGAAUGGACAGAGAAGCUGGUUCUCGCUGCCGAGAGUAGAGAAGAGCUACACGGUAAAGGAACGCAAACUUUCCUAGAGCUAAACCUUGCUUUUUUGUUUCUCUCCUGUCCAGGAGAUCUUCGCUGCGCUCGCGCUGUUGUUGGAGAGAUCCGGGGAUUGCUAGCGCUAUCUCCUUCCGAGAAGCGCCUCUUUGCUUCUCUUCAUGGCGAGGAAGCUCAGGCACUUCAGCUGGAGCUACUACGAGCUAAUGCCGAGAUGGCUGAUCUGAGAAAGGAGAUCGAAGCUGUGUCGAUUGAAGCGGACAGGCAGGAGAGCGCAGUGUUGCAGCAGUUGAUUCUCUGGGAUAUAAUGUCUUUGACUGAUCCAGGGAGAGAACCCAACGAUGAUUAUCCAACGCUUACUAGGCUCCAGGACGAAGUUCGCUACUCGGAUGAGAUCUAUCGUCUUCUCUUUAAGAAAGGGAGCCUCUUCCAAGGUGACGGUCUACAAGAUCUAAAGAAAGAGUGCCGGAUUCUCCUGGUCAGUUUUGUCCGCCAGGUGCUUGACUUGAUAGAAGAGCACCAUGCAAAGAUACGUGCCAAAGCACCACGGUUCUCAUUUAACGUGGAUUCCGGCAUUUACGAAGACAUGUUCUACGUCAAAGCUCCUGUCCUUGAUGACGAACAAGCAACACUGGAGUUGCUUGCUCGAGCCUCCAAAUCCGACGACGACAGCGACGAGGAGCAUGAGACAGAAGAAGAGUUUCACCGAAGAUUCACAGUUGUCCAACCUCGAGGCUCAGAGGACUCGUUAGGAAGAAGAUCAUCCCGGAGACAGUCGGCCAUAGCCAUACCACCGCAAACAUCACGAAAAUCUUCAGGAGGAGGAUCAGCGAAGCAGCAGCAGCAGCAAGGUGGUCCGAGGCCAAAGCUCUUUCCGGAGCAGCAGCGACCGUAUCAGCUGACAAGAAGUCCUUCUCGAGGCUGGCAAGUUACUCCCGCGGGUGGUGGCUCUCCGUUGAGCUUGGCUCCAGUUCUAAGGAAAAGAACUCACUUCUACGAGAAUCCAAACAUGCUGGGAUCUGUGGUCACUGGAAGAACAAUCGCUGAUGUGGUGGAGGAAGGCGAUGCUGCUACAGCUGCUGCUGCUGCUGCUGGGGAUCAAUCGACUAGCAUUGAAUCGAUGCGCCAACGAGUCCAGAAAGUGGAUCCGAUCUUUACUUCGCACUUUGGACCCGAAACGAGGCCGCCGGCUUCUCACAUAAAACACGACGCCAACAGCACUCAGCCAGUUCCAACGUCGGCUCCAGAUCUUCCACCUGGUUUCAUUCCUCCAUACAGCCGGCCCAACGUUUUAGCUUACGUGAAAGGGACUAUUCCUCGAGCCAAGUCUGUGAGGCCUUUGAGACCGUCGGAAGCAGCAGCUUUGGCAGCAGCAGCCGCAGGAACUUCGUCGGCGCCAGGCAAGCAGAGUGUUACUCCUCCUCGAAGCAGGCCAAACACUCCAGAUGUCGCGGCUAGUAGUAGCAGCAGCACAGCAGUGGCAGCAACUACGGGAGCUGCGGCAGCAACACCACCAAAGAUCUCCGAGCGUCGUUCGAUAUCCAUAGCUCCUCAAGCCGUGGAAGUCAGUGAGAAGGCUCCAAAACCAGCGGACGCUAAGCCUCGGCCCACUGUGAAGUUUGGACCGGAUAGCAAUCUAGGAGAAGUAGCAUCAGCGGCAGCUUCCCCUCCUCGGGCAUCUCCACCUCGGUCUCGUCCGGUGGUGAAGUUUGCUGACGAAGGUGACAGCGUGAUAACCAUCACCGGUCCCGGACUUGUUGGACGAGCUUCGUUCAUCGGGAUUGAACCAGAAGCGCUCGAGGCUGGGCCAUCUUACGGACGGAUACGAGACUUCCCAGUGGUGGUUCCGUCGAUCUUAAACUCGGACGUUGGUCUCGUGUUCCCCGAGAACACCGACCUUUUCAAUGCUCCACAAGACAACGAAGACGAAGAGGAAGGCAGUUAGAACCGAAGUUUUGGGCAUGAAAUACGGAUAGACGAAAUCAGAACUGCUUAUUCCACAGGAGUUACGUUGAUUUUGUUUGACUUUCUUUGACUUUGAUUGACGGUUACAAUCCAAGGGUA